GAAAACAGGUUACCUGUCAGGCAAAACAAACACCAGCAGAGAUAGCCUCAUGGGUGGAGGAGCAGUGUUUCCGCUGGGAGAAUCCACAUUAGCGCUGGAUGAAGAGAUGCUUCAGGUGCUGGAUGCUGUAGACCCCGUGAAGCCUGCUUUUCCAACAGCAGUAAACAGAGAUGCACAGGAAAGCCCAGCAUCAUCAGCUGACUCUGUCCCUUUACGGUCCCUUGCACCAGUUGCAGACAAUAAGAGGGAGAGUGACAGAGCACAUCAGCCCGCGGGACACCACAGAGCCCCAAGCACCCAGGAGAGUGUCUGUAGGCGUAGUGGUGAUUGUAAGAGACCUGGACGGAGAGCUGACUGCAAAGACCUUGCACAGAGGCUUCUCUUCAGUGAGGACUUGGAGGAAGCGGAGCAUGCUCAGAGGGGUGCCGGAAACAUCCAGUCAUUGCAUGCCUCUGCCUGCAUCAAUGGGCUAUCCAGUCAAGAAAUAAAAAAACGUCAGCAACUAGGUGGCACCACCGAUAGGCAGAAACUUGCAUCCGGAAGACAGAGCUGCCCUCGUAGUGAUGACAAAAGUGGGCAAAAUAUGAAUGCUUAUCCACCUCUGGAUGUAUCCAGGGACUACAUCUUGUUCAGCCCCUCCCGCCUCGCAGCGGCCACGAAGAAGGCCAAACUGCAGCAGUCACUACAGAAUCAGUCCGCUUCUGUGCUCACAGUCCCCAGCGGCUUAGACCUCAGUACUCUGAGUGACACUUUACCUCAGCCAGGCAUUGCCUUGCGUGCUCCCGCGGGGCAAGCUGAAAAGCUGCUGCUAUCCAGUUGGGGCUUACCAAAACCUGUACUGGAGCGCUACCAGAAACACGGAGUGACUCACAUGUUCGAAUGGCAGGCUCAGUGCCUCACUGUUGGACAGGUGCUGCAGGGAGGUAACCUGGUGUACUCUGCUCCGACCAGUGCUGGAAAAACUCUGGUGUCAGAGCUGCUGAUGUUGAAGCGAGUGUUGGAGACUAAAAGAAAAGCUCUCUUCAUUCUGCCAUUUGUCUCUGUGGCGAAAGAGAAGAUGCAUUACCUUCAGAGUGUAUUUGAAGAGGCAGGAGUUCGUGUGGAGGGAUAUAUGGGCAGCACUUCAGCUGCUGGAGGGUUCACAGCUCUAGAUGUGGCUGUUUGCACGAUAGAAAAAGCCAACUCCCUCAUUAACAGACUAAUUGAAGAGGACUGUAUGGGUCUACUAGGUAUGGUUGUGGUGGAUGAGUUGCAUAUGGUUGGAGAUUCUGGAAGAGGAUACCUACUAGAACUGCUCUUAACCAAAAUCCGCUACAUUGCACAGAAGCAGAAUACCACUGGGUCUCUCUCUGAGGGUGUACAGAUCAUAGGUAUGAGCGCCACCUUGCCUAACCUCUCCCUCCUGGCUAGCUGGCUAGGCGCAGAGCUUUACCAGACAGACUACAGACCUGUACCCCUGCAGGAGCAUCUCAAGGUGGGCUGCAACAUCUACGACAAGAGCCUCUCUGUGGUGCGGCAGUUCACUCCUGCUCUGCACAUUAAGGGUGACGAUGACCACAUAGUGAGCCUGUGCUAUGAGACUGUGAGAGAGGCCCACUCUGUGCUUCUAUUCUGCCCCUCGAAGAACUGGUGCGAGAAACUGGCGGACGGCAUCGCCAGAGAAUUCUACUGCCUCAGUCAUGCUGAUUGUCAGGGCCAAGCAGAGCCUCGACCAGUGUGUCUGGAUCGGGAGGGACUACUGGAUGUCCUAGCCCAGUUGAGACGAACACCGGCCGGUUUAGACCCCAUCCUCCAGCGGACUGUGCAAUGGGGGGUGGCCUUCCACCAUGCUGGUUUGACGUUUGAUGAGCGUGAUGUGUUGGAGGGAGCUUUUCGUCAGGGCGUGGUGAGAGUCUUGGCCGCCACCUCUACCCUGUCGUCAGGGGUUAAUCUCCCAGCUCGCAGGGUCAUCAUUCGUACCCCUACCUUCAAUGGACACUUGUUGGACCCGCUCACAUACAAACAGAUGGCUGGACGAGCAGGAAGGAAAGGGGUAGACACUGAAGGUGAGAGUGUGCUGGUGUGUAAGGAGGCAGAGCGUCAGAAAGGUAUUAGUCUCCUUAAAGGUGCUCUUCAACCAAUCAGCAGCUGCCUGGUGAGAAGGGAGGGAGAGGGCAUCACCACCAGCAUGCUGCGAGCCAUCCUAGAGAUCAUUGUCGGAGGUGUGGCCAGCACUCCACAGGAUGUGAGGUUAUAUGCUUCGUGCUCACUGCUGGCUGCCAGCAUGAAAUGUGACAGCAAAAGACAAUCAAAUGAGACCAACACAGGAGCUAUUGAGGCCUGUGUUGAAUGGCUGAUGGACAAUGAAUUUAUUAGUAUCCAGAAAGAUGGACAAGAGGAGCGGUACUGUCCAACUCAACUCGGCGCUGCCACCCUUUCCUCCUCCCUCCCUCCUGAGGCUGUAGGAAUAUUUGCAGAUCUCCAGCGGGCCAUGAAGGGCUUUGUACUGGAAAAUGACUUGCACAUUCUGUAUCUGAUCACCCCGCUGUACGCAGAGUGGACCACCAUAGAUUGGUAUCAGUUCUUCUGUCUGUGGGAGCAGCUCUCGUCAUCGAUGAAAAGAGUAGCUGAGCUGGUGGGCGUCCAGGAGGGUUUUCUCGCACGAUCUGUCAGUGGCAAACUUGUCGCCAAAACAGAGAAGCAGCGCAGACAGAUGGCCAUUCAUAAACGGUAA